UUGUAUAACCGUUCAGAAUAAAUUAUAUUAAUGUGAAAAGUGAACAUUUAUUAAUUAACUCGUGUUUAUUUAAUAGCUAUAUAAAAAUUAUAUAUUUAUAAUAUAUAAAGUUUAUACUUUAGUAACAAAAUACCAAGUAUUUCAUAUGGAUGAAAUAACCGAAGAAAUCGAUAGAGUCGUUCAUGUACUUGAUGUAUUAAAAUCUAGAUACAUUUUACUACGUGUAAAGUAUGAUGUUGGUAGCAAUUUCCACAAAAAGGAUUCAAAAGAAAUGAGUGAUGCAACUAACGAUUUACAGUCAUAUGUUAUGUUAGAUUUGUACCUUUUGAAUUAUGCCUUUACUUAUGGACUUUAUUCAAUGAAUAUGUAUGCUACCCGUGCUAGAACAACUUUGAAAGAAAGUGACUCAGAUCCUCAUUUUUUAAAAAUUUUAAAAGAAAAAGUACAAUGCAUGGUUGAAACAACCCAAGAAAUUCAAAAUUCUACAAAGGACUGUUACUCAAGUUUUACAUCAUAUAUAAACUCUUUGCUAGUAUAUACUAACCUAUUGUAUGGUAUGACUUUAUCAGAUUCCAUAAAGAUUGACCAGAUUGACAAUGAAAAAAAGAAAAAGAAACUCAUGAAAAAAAUAUCAAAAAUUAAUUUGAUGGCUAAUAUUAUUCAGUUUUUGGUCUCUGAUAAAAUAAUGGAUUACAGAAUAGAAGAAGGUCGAGAUGCUUUAAAUAUGGCUUUAAAAUACAGAACACCGAGAACAUUAGAAUAUUACUCAAAAAAUAUCAAUAAUUCAUAGGAAAAUCAAUUUUGGUAAUUUAAUUUUAAAUUUUAUUUGAUCAAAUAGAGAAAAAUAAAAAAUAGUAAGCGUUUUCUCCAAAACAAAUUUAUUUGUUCACUUUUAUUUAAAUAAUUAAAUGCAUACGCUAUAUUAAGA